AGGACGCAAGGGGUGGAACCGCGAAGCUAGUAGCAACUCUUAGCAUAGCCGAUCUUAGACUAGCUAUGUGAGCGCAUUACAACCAAAAUAGAGCAUUUCAACGUCGUUCUUUAUGUUGUUAGAUAACGUUAUAUAACCACACUUGGUUAUGAUUGGGUAGAGCAACAAAAUACAAACGUUCGUCAACUGGUUUUAAUUAUAUCGGAUCGUCAUGGAUGCAGUGAACGCGUUCAACAUGGAGCUGUUUUCCAUGAUUGACAUGAAGCCUCCAAUAUCCCGUGCAAAGAUGAUGUCUGUAACAAAAUCAGCCAUCAAAGCCAUCAAGCUUUACAAACAUGUUGUCCAGAUUGUUGAAAAGUUCAUCAAGAAGUGCAAGCCAGAAUUAAAAGUCCCUGGCUUGUACGUGGUGGAUUCUAUUGUUCGACAGUCGCGUCAUCAGUUUGGAGUUGAGAAGGAUGUGUUUGGGCCCAGAUUCUUGAAGAACUUCACAGAUACCUUCCUAAACCUUUACCACUGCUCAGAAGAUGAUAAGACUAAAAUUCUUCGCGUGCUGAACCUGUGGGAGAAGAAUGGUGUGUUCGACAUGGACAUCAUUCAGCCUCUGAUGGAUAUGUGCAAUGGAACCAUUGUUCCUGCCCCUGCACUACAAGUUGCCACUCACCCCCAACCAGAGACACACCUUCCCGUCACUAGUGCCUCAGUUGUGUCUGCUGUGCCUCAGCUACCCACUCCUGAUGCCUUAGCUGCUGUGGCCCAGUUAUUUCAGUCCCCCCAUGGUCUAGAGCUGCAGAGGAUGCUUCAGAACUUCCAGCAGGCAGAUAAGACCCGGGCAGAGUCCAUCACAAACACCUUACCAAACCCAGCACAGCCCAUGCCAGUGGCCCAGCUCAACCCGUACAAUGAACACACUGAAAAUAGAAACUCUUUAGCUGAGAAACUCCUGGACAGAUUUGACUAUGACGAUGAACCUGAGGAUAUGAUCGCCAAAGAAGGCAGUGCCCAGUCGCAAGGCAUCCCUGGACAUGUGUUUAACCAUCUUCCUGGCCAGAUGCCCAACACAGAUACUGUUCAUCCACAUAUGACGGGACAGGUCGGUGGUGUAGAGCACGGUGGAGGGUUGAGUCAUGAUGAACAGCAUAUGAUGAACGAUGGAUACCGUUCCAUAAAUGAGGGUUAUUCACAAACAAGGGAAAGUUCAAGAGAAGACUCAUCUAUGAGGCGGGAGGGCAGACACCGAGGCUAUGGCAGGAGAUCAAGAUCCAGAUCUGGCUCAAGAUCUCCCAAGAGAAGAAGGUCAAGAUCUUCAUCCCGCUCAAGAAGGCCAAGGCACCGGCGCUCUAACUCUCGCUCCAAAGAACAGCACUUGAGAUCUCGCUCUGGUUCUCAGGACAGGAAUGAAAGGGAGAAGGACAGAGAGCGCAGACAGAAAGGCCUUCCCAGCAUAAAGAGCCAGACACUCAGUGUUUGCAGCACUACACUUUGGGUGGGACAGCUAGACAAGAAAACUCAGCAGCCGGACGUGAUGUCCCUUUUGGAAGAGUUUGGCCAGAUUGACUCCAUCAAUAUGAUUCCUCCGAGGGGUUGUGCCUAUAUUGCUAUGGUUCACAGACAAGAUGCCAAUACAGCAUUGACCAAACUCAGCAGGGGCUCAUACAAAGUCAAUCAGAAACCUGUAAAGAUUGCUUGGGCUUUGAACAAAGGUAUUAAGUCAGCGCACAAAAAGUUCUGGGAUGUUGAACGUGGAGUUACCUACAUCCCGUGGAAUAAAGUCAAAGUUGACGAGUUGGAGACCUAUCGGGAAGGGGGUAUGCUGGACGUGGAGACACUAAAUACAGAGUGGAAUUAUGGCAAGGACAUCAAUAACAAGGCAGCUGUAAAUGGAGACUUGGAGAGUGUCCCAGCAGAUGGAACCGUCACUGCUCACAUUCAGGUACCACCAGUUCUACAGGCAGCACCCAUAACAAGUCCACCUGCUUUCCCUGGCCCCAUCAUGCUGUCCCCUACGGGGCCUCCAGUCGGAGCUCCAUUCAUCCCCGCAGAGUUUGAUCCUACAAAGUUGGCACCAGCAGGAAAUGGAAAACCUCCAGAAGAGCCCACCAUGGAUUCUAAAGGAGACAAAGGCGAACCCUCAGAUCUGGGCGCAGACAUCAAGCUGGGGUCCCCUACUGCACCAGUGAUGACCUUACCAGGCCCAGGUGUCAUGCAGGGGCCCAGACCGGGUAUGCCCCCUAUGCAGCCUCCUCCUGGGAUGCCGAAUCAUCAUCUACCUCCAUUCCUCUCACCCCCAAACAUGCCACCCAUGCCCCCACAUAUGAUGCCUGGAGGACCCAUGUUUCCACCGAAUAGGUUCAGAAUGCAUAUGCCGUUUCCUCCUCGUGGCCCUCCUUUCCAUCGACCUCCGCCUAUGGGACCAGAGGGCAUGAAUGACACGGAGGGGAGGCAUUUCCGAAACGGGAGGGCAGGGUUUGGGUGCCCCCCCUUCAUCAGAGGGAGGUGGUAGAGGUCGUCUGAAUGAAGAACUUAAGGAAAGAGGAUGCUGAAUCACUGUGAGAUACUGUUAAGUAUCAGGACACCUGGUUCAACAAGGACGUAUGUGAAGAUUUGAUGGUGCAUGAACCUAUAUUUUACACCAGAAGAACCUUUUCUAAGUGUCAAAUUAACACAUUCAGGACACAGUGUUCUGAAUGUGGUCCAUGCUCACUCAAGUUCACCAGAGAAGAAACUCUUUGUUGUAAAUACUGUAUGUGCUUCUAGCUGUUUGAUAUCUUUUUGUAUAUUUUAAGUUGUGUAGUUAAUGCUCAAGUCUAAUCUAAGUAGUUGGAGGUAAAAGGCAAAGUCUGUAUUUUUGAGCUAAUUCUGAUACCUGAGUUUUGUGUAUGGAAGGAGACUGUACAAAUCAAUGAUUCAUACCUUUUUGGUAUUUUGUUUUUACUAAAAACAUGCCUUUGUAACACACUGAUGUUUAAUUCUUUACCAGAGAAGUUGGAUUUCAUUUGAAGCAGAAGAAGAUUUGCUGUCCUGCCAGUAGAGGGUAGAGUUAACCCUGUUACCAAGGCCGACCUCUGUUGUACAUCUUGUAGGAUCAUGUGCAGUGAAUAUAAAAAAAACUGGUACUACCAUU